UCUCGGGCCCUCAGGCGGAGCGGCGGGCGCCGGACCCCCAGGCGGAGCGACAGGUCUCGGGCCCCCAGGCGAAGCGGCGGGCACCAAGUCACCAGGCACGACAGUAGGCUCCGAGUCAACUGGCAUGACCGCUGGCACUGGGUCAGACAUUGGAUCGUCUGGCUGGACAGCGGGCAUCGGGUCACCAGGCAGCAGGUCAUUUGGCUCGACAGCGGGCACCGCAUCAUCUGGCAAGGCAGUGGGCACCGGGUCAUCAGGUACCGGGUGGUCUGGCUCGACAGCGGGCAUCGGGUCACCAGGUAUGACAGCGGGCACUGGGUCACCAGGCAUCAGGUCAUUUGGCUUGCCAGCGGGCACCGCGUCAUCUGGCAAGGCAGUGGGCACCGGGUCACCAGGUAUUGGAUCGUCUGGCUGGAUCAGUUCAUCAUGCUGGGUAGAGGCAUCAGGCCGAGUAGAGGCUUCAGGCCGAGUAGAGGCUUCAGGCCGAGUAGAGGCAUCAGGCCGAGUAGAGGCAUCAGGCCGAGUAGAGGCUUCAGACUGAACCACGGAAGGCAGAGGGCUUUUUUACAGGGUUAAAGGCAGGAUAGGUGCAGCGAGUGGGAACAGGGUACUGACAUGCGGUAGAUAGCAGGGCAGGAGGAGCUGUUGGGAAUGCAGGAAUAGAGUUUUGAGGAAAUAGGUUAGAAGCAGGACUGGGUUUUUGUAAGCUGACUGGGGCUGGGUGCAACAAGUCUGUCCAUGUCUGCAGUAUGGGUUGAACAAAGCUGAGCUUACACAAAGCCUGUCUGACCAAAGACUGCACUGCGUUUAUACAAUCUCUUAGUGUCUGUGGUGAACAUGCAGAAUAACGCUCCAGAAAGU